ACACUUUAAUAACUCCGCACUGAAACUUCUCCGAUUCACAACAACUGUUUGAUUUUGACGUGUGUUGAGGUUUAAUGUUAAAGAUUGUUCUGUCAGCACCAGGUCCGUCUGCUCUGAAUGUAAGGAGAGAAGAUGCACCRGUCUCUGAUCGUCACCAUGCUGCUGUUGGCCCGCUGCUCUGGAGCUCACAACCAAUCAGAAGCUGUUUCCCUCCUGCAGCUGGAUGCUCUGCCCUCCAGCAGGUCCGUGGUGGUGAAGGAGGGGUCCAACACGCUGAUAGAGUGCAACGUGACCGGAGAGCCGGACGAGGUCAGGUGGUUUAACACUAAAGGACCCCUGGUGGCAGGUGGUGCAGGAGGAAAGUGGCAGAUCCAUGAGAAUGGUGACCUGAACAUCACGGCGGUUUCCUUCGAGGACCGCGGUCGGUACACCUGCGUGGCGUCCAGCGGCGCCGGCCCGGCGGGGAACUACACGGUGACGGUGCGCGUGGCGUACACCCACAGCGGCCUGGGGCUGUACUUCGUCAUCGUGUGCCUGGUGGCCUUCACCAUCACCAUCAUCCUUAACGUGGCGCGCCUCUGCAUGGUCAACAGCCACCUGAAGGAGAUGGAGCGGGCCAUCAACGAGUUCUUCCUCACCGAGGGCGCCGAGAAGCUGCAGCGGGCCUUCGAAGUGGCCAAGCACAUCCCCAUCGUCACCUCGGCCAAGACGGUYGAGUUCGCCCGGGUCACYCAGUUCAAGACCAUGGAGCUGGCCCGGCACAUCGAGGAGCUGGCCCGCAGCAUCCCCCUGCCGCCGCUCAUCCUCAACUGCAGGAUGUUCGCAGACGACACCGCAAACCCGGAGUCUGACCCGGCUGUGGCGUCCGGCAGCAGGAAGGUUUUAGGACRGUCUGAGGAAGAGGCAGGAGCAGUGCUGUCCAGUGACGGUGGAGGAAACGAGCUGUUGCUUCACGCUGGUGAGGAGGAAAAGACCGGCUCUGCUUCAGGAACAAAGAUCUUCUAUGAGAGCGACGCGUGAAGCAGAACCACGAUUUAUUUAAAGAAACAUGUCCAAAAACUGUUCCAGAUCCAGAGUCCAGGACUCAGUUUUCGUUCAGAACAAGACUAAAUCUCAUUAAUUUAAGAUCCAGUCUUCGUCCUAUGAGUGAGUAGGGUCACACAACAAGAUUGGACAUUUUAUUUUAAUUACAAGAAUGAAGUCGUAGUAUUAUGACUUUAAUCUUAAAAUAUUACGACUUUARUCURYUAAUAAAAUAAUAAUCUUGUUGUGUGACUCUAAUCCUGCGUCGUAUCAUCCUGCACCAGGACAGAACUCAGACCUGACAAGUUUGUUUCAGGUGUGGAAAAACACUCAGAGUUACUUCCUUCAUUGUUGUUGUUAUUUAUAAACUGUCUGUCUGUUAGCAAAAUAUCUAAAAGAGGACUGAUUUGAAUCAAUGAUUCAAGAUGGCCGCCGCAGCUAACUGACCUUAGCAAACAUAAAAUGACUUGACGGUGACUUGAUGUCAUUUUGGAGCUGAAUGCUGCUGUGGUAGUAGCUGAUGGUCAUACGUAACGUGAGUGGGUGAUAUUCAUUCCUGAUGUUGUUUUGUUUUUGUUGUCAGCUUCUGUACAGAAAACAUUUUGUUUUUCUUCACCAGACUCGAUCAGAUCGUCUCGUUAUUUAUUUAUUGUUCAGGUUUUUAAAAAAAAACAACUUAAAUCAACACAAAAUGUGAAUUCAGAAGAAAAACCAAAGUUUUCACCAAGUUCUGCAGGAAGCAUCAAUAAACUGCAGGUCUUAUUGUUUGGAGAAUAAUAAAUAAAUCCAGUUGUUCUGUGCAGAACGUGUCGUUUGUGUGAAAAAUGUAACAAGGUGCUCAUGAAUAAAAAAAUGCAGGUUUGAUUUAUCUUGUUUUGGUUAGAAUACAA